AUGAAGUACUGGCUGAAAGCUGGGACGCAAGUUGAAGUCUGCUCUGUGGAUGUGGACGGGAUACCAUUGAGUUGCGCAUAUCUCAGUGAAGAAGACUCUCCAGGACCCAUCGAGAUCGAUGUCGAUGCUUAUGAUCAACCUUUCAGGUUUACCUUGGAAAUGAUCGCUUUCGACGAAACAUCCGUAGGGUUAGUGGCUAUCUCAGAAAUUCGACUAAAAGGAUUAUUGUGCUCGGAAGAACCACCACCAAUUGUGACAACGAUAGAUCCGCCCACGAUUGUAUCCUUAUUUGGACUACAACAAGGACCUGGAGCAAACACACCUUAUUCCACAGACUUAAAUUGCGACUUUUCGCAAGAUUACUGUAGUCAAUGGGUAAACGAUGACGGCAUGGUUGCGUAUGGUGUAAUUCCAAGGAACAGCGAAAAAUUCCCAGUUCCACCUGGGAUGAAAGGAAACGUAGCAACAUUUGUUUUGGAAGGGAUGAAAACGUCGCGAUUACGCUCGAGAGAGGUUUCUUGCGCUAAUAACGCUACAGUGACAGUAACUUACAUGAGAUCCGAGCACGGGCUCGUUCGACUCUGUGCUCUCGAACAAUGUGUGGAUGGAUCGCAACUAUUCGGUGAAAUGACAAUUGUAGCGACAUCAUCCACACCUUUUGAGUUUUCCAUCGAGGCUGCUUCUCACAAGAAUGCUGUAGUCGUAAUAAGUGACAUUUCCGUUUAUGGU